AUGAAGGUAGCAGGGGUCUUUGUGGCCCUGGCACUUUUCAGCCACUUUGAAGGUAAGCUACAUUUGUUAUAACCAAUGUCUGUGGUGGGGGAUGUCAUCUUUGCCUAAAUAGUGGGCACCAUGUAGUCCUUUAAAAAUAAUUAUAACUAAGUCAUUACCUAACAAGAGAACUAGCUUAUUUGAAGAGAAAACUGAGGAAAGCCAAGGAUUAGGAAAUACCAAGCACUUUUAUUUCUUUCUUGAUAAUAUCAAUGUUUAAAAGAUGAUUUAUGGAACUGGUGGUGGGCAUACCUUUGUUGUUGUCAAAUACCUUGAAGGUUUGCAAGUGAAGGUAGAGAGCUUCCUUGUUUUGGUGAAAGCAAUAUCUAUUUUCAUCUAUUUUGCCUUUUGGGUGGACAAGUCAGAUGGACUGUCUGAUGAAAUGACAUUCUUCUGUCAAAACGUGGUUGAGUGUUUGCAUCCAUGCAUAGGGCAGACUUGGAAUUCUUCAACUCGUUCAACAGAGUUGACAUUAAACAGGAAUGAAGAUAAAGAUAGGGUGAUUCUGCAGAGAGAGAGAGAGCGCAAUAUGGACCAACCAAUCAGGGCUCAGUAUGGCUGUUAUUGUAUGUAUAUAUAAAUAGAAUUCUGUAUUCAUUGUCAUAAAAUCUAGAGAAUCCUGCCAUCUGCAAGUAGUUGAACUUAAUGUGUCUGGAAUUAUCCCCCUUGCUCUUUGAGUUGUUUAUCCCAAUGUCUAUCAGUGCCUCUUGGGCAAGUUAUUAUCAGCUGGUUGAUUUGCCAGAGGAAUUGCAGAAGCAGUGGCUAUAAGUGGCAGGAUGUAACAAUGGACAGCACUGGACAAGUUGGGUAGACUGAUAGUGAUCCAGUCUGAAGGACCUGUCACCUCCAGUGACAUGCAGAUUGGACAUUCUGUGCUAGUUUUCAGUACAGCUUGAUUUGCUUUCAGUUCUCAUUGGCAUCAGGGGGUAUCUGCUGUUUGUGGCCUGUGGAGUCGUCUUAUCUAGCAGACUUGCGGUGUGGAGGGGAGGCAGCAAAUUUUUCUGUGCAACCAUUGCAUCUUAACCGCUACAGCUUCCCAGGUGGUCCCAAAAUUGUGGUAAGUGGCAAGAUGUGCCCGUCACAAAGUGACUUCAGAAGGAAGAUGACUUGACAUUAUUAACCGGACCAGCAUAGAUCACCUCUGCUCUGUGGACCAAAGUGGAAACAAGCAGUGGCACCAAAGAUUGCUUACUGAGGUGGGGUGUUAAAGAGAGAUGGUAAUCUUCAGAUCUGUGGUUUAGUUAGGGCAGGGAUGAGGAACCUCUAGCCCUCCAUAUGUGGGUAGACUUCAGCUCCCACCAUUCCUUAUUAUUAGCCACACUGGCAGAAGGCCACAAGUUCUCCACCCCUGAGUUAGGGUAUUUCAUAUAGAGAGCUCCCUGCUUUAUAUUGACUUGUUGUUGUUGGCAUCUAUCUGUCUUGAGAGACAAUGGAGUGCACCUUUGGGGCUGAAGUCAAACUGCUUCAUUAGCAGCACCGAAGUGAACGUACAGGGUACAAACCUGGCAGUGUGUAUAGAGGUCCUGGGCUGCCCAGAUGACAAGUCCCCCCUCUUGGCCUCACUGAUGUGGUUCAAAGGAAAGCAGAGUAAUAUGUUUGGCACCAGCUGCAGGAAUUGCCAGAAGGAGGCAUACAAGGCCCCAUCAAACUGUCUUAUGGACUCUACUUUGGAUUUGUGUAGGGUUUAUGCCUUAGCCUUUUCUUCUUCUGAAGAUAUCCCACAAGGCAGCAGAAGUUUAGGAUCAGUGUUUUCUUCUCCUAGAUGGGCUACUUUCCCAGGUUGACAAACCCCACCUGCCCCUCACUUCCCUCUACAUCAUAUGCAGAAACUGCCUUCUUGACCAUUGGACCCACUAUUGGUCUUGUCCACUCAAUCCACCAGAGUCUGUCUUUUCAUGCAGGGGAAGUCCCUAAUUCACUGAGGGUUUGAGACUCAGCAGCCACCCUCACCUGGUUUAGCCAGCCAGUCAAAGCCGUUCCUGGGGUGUGGCUUCUGUCGCAUGCUGACAGCUUCUAGGAACCACAGUGGAGAGCUAAGUGCAGGGGGGGGGGACCAAAGGUGGACUAACUAUCCCAGAAGGAGCAUGAUAUGUCCCCCACCAGAUGCAAUACCCCUCCCCAAACACCUCAUAUAUUGACUUGUUGUUGUUGUUUAGUCGUUUAGUCGUGUCCGACUCUUCGUGACCCCAUGGACCAGAGCACGCCAGGCACUUCUGUCUUCCACUGUCUCCCGCAGUUUGGUCAGACUCAUGUUUGUAGCUUCAAGAACACUGUCCAACCAUCUCAUCCUCUGUCGUCCCCUUCUCCUUCUCAAUUAAAGGCUGCUUUAAUUGAAAUACUAGAAUAAACAGUAUAAGUUCCAUUAAAAAGAAAUGUAAAAGGGGAGAAAGGAAGGGGGAAAAAAAUGAGGCUGUAUGACAUGCUGUUCUAAAUAUCUAAAUCAGUUUAGUUAAGGACAGGUAUUCUAGGCUUGGAUUUGGGUUGUAAGAUGUUCCUGACAAAUGUUACAUUAAGAACUUCCUAUAGCUCAGUCACAACAUUUUGGGAACCGCACAGAAUUAUCUGGGUGGUAUGAAUCAAGGAAUUUGCAGUUAGUUGUAUUAUAUAAUUAGUUUAGUGGGCAACCAGCCCAAUGCACAAUCUCAUUAAAUAAAAGUGCUUACAUUUAACACAGCUGCCAUUAAAAGUCAUGCUCAGGACUGUGUUUCCAUAGGUGCACCAUCAUCAUCACUUGCAGAGAGAGGAGAGACCUAUAUGAUCAUGAUGUGCACAAAGUGUCACUACAAGCGACAACAAGUAACUCAGGCAAGCAUGGGCCUCAAAAUUAUAGAAAGCAGGACUGCAAGCCCAAACCAUAUUUAUUGAGAAAUCAGUCCCUCUGAUUUCAGUAAGGUUUAUUUCUAAUGCUUAGGAUUACAGGGUAAUUCAGUGUAAAUAAUUUUCACAUCAACCCAGCAAGUGUGUUCUGUGCAAGCAGCUGGUCUGAGUUUGCAUUAUGAGGCUCAUCUCACCCCCUUUGAAGUCCACUGGUACAUCUGGUGUGGAUGGCUAUGCAGAUCUUUAUCAAGGAGCACUAACCAUAUGCAAGAAAGGAGAAAGCUAUAGGGAUCAGGGAAAUUCAGAUUAACUGAAACCAUCUCCUUUUUAAAAAGUAAUUUUUAUUAAAGAUUUUCUUGGUUUACAAAAGUACAUGCAUUUGAAAUGCUGAAACAAAGAAAAUCAUCAAACCAUUAAUUCUAGCAUACAGCAUCUCCAUGAUUGGUAUUAUUAAUUGUAUUAUAAUUUGGCAUUGUUAUAAUGAGGCUAUUAUUGGAUUGCUGUAACUGAAAACUAAUAAAAAUUACUAUCAAAAGUAUGUGCAUUGUCUCUUUUUCAGGUUGUAAAGUCUUUUCUAUAGAUCAGUUACAUUUGUUACGAGAUGUUAGUGUUGAGUACAGUAUAAGGUAGGGGAAAGAGAGUGAGGGAGAGGAGGGGUGCGGUGGUGAAAUUUUUAUAUUUUUUUAUAGUGUACGUGUGGGGUUUUGUGUCAGCGUCAACUGGAUACAGUAGGUUCUCUUUCUAUUCGCUUGUUACAUUUCCUUUGUAUUGAGAGGGAUUGGGGGGCAGGGUGUAGUUGGUUGUCUGUGGUUGUCUGUAGUGGGGUUUGUUUGCAUUUGUGAGUGGGGAGGGUUUGUUGGGUCACCUAACUGUAACCACCUCUUUGAUUGAGUCGUUGUCUUUUUAAAAUUUGAAUUUGUACAAUGACAAUGCAAGAAUUUACAAUCUGUGUAUUUUUGUUGCAGGUGUUGCCAGUCAAAUGAGAUACCAGGUUAGUUCAGACUUUUCUCUUAUUUUUCCUAAAUCAGGCCAUGUACACACCAUACAUUUAAAACACCCCACCAAGAAUUCUGGGAACUGUAGUUUGUUAAAGGUACUGAGAAUUCACUUGCAUUUGGUAAUGAAUUUUCACGUGUUAUUUGUGAAAUGAAUAACAUUGCUGGAGUUUAACUGUUGCAGUUCAGCCAACAUCUCUGUUGCCCAAUACUUCCAAAAGGCUUGCAACCUAGGACAGGAUUCCACCCCCCAAAAAGAAGGCAAAAAUGCACAUGGAAACUACAUAAUAGCCUGCUUGAUACUGCCUCCUGGCAACCCAUUUUCCCUUUGCCCAUUCAUUGUGAUCAUGCUUUCUAAUCAACAGAGAUCCUUCUGGGAUUCUCUGACUAGAUUGCAUUAAGAAAUCCUGGUGGAUUCUUAGUGCUACUCUCCAGUCUCUGCCCAAUAUUAGUAGGUUGGAGGGGGAAUCAAUGCUCUAUGGGGCCUCCCUGCUCUAACCAACAUGGAAUAGUGGUAGAAAUAUCCAACAUGGUGACACAUGUUUUUUAAGGACCAUAUGGCUUAGUAGAAGGGCAUAUGCUUUAUGUGAAGAAGGUCCCAGGUUCCUUCCUGGCAUAUUCAGGUAUGGUUGAGAAAGACUGAAACCCUGGAGAGCUGUUGCCAGUCAUUGUAAACAACGAACAGCAGUAGACAGUGUGGUGGGGCUAUGCCAUCCACUUGAACUCUAUUCAGCUGAGUUGCAGCAGCAAACUGGGAUGGAGAAGGGGAGAAUGUGGAGGUGGUGAAGUCAGUGUGGUGUAAAUGCACUGACAUAGCACCAGAUUGCUUCUGUUGGUGGGUUUGCAGUGCACCAGUCCCACCACUGCCCUACCCCACUCCACCACAACCUUGACUGCUGGUGAAGAAUAACCAAUGUGAUGCCCUCCAUGUGCUGUUGGACUACAUCUCCAAUGAUCUUUGACCAUUGGCCAUGUGGGCUUGGGAUGAAGGGAGUUGGAGUCUAACCACAUUUGGAGGGUAUCACUUUGGCUAGUCCUGGUGUAAAUGGUACUGAGCUAGGUGGACCAAUGGUCCAGCUUGGUCUAAGGUAGCUUCCAGUGUUACACUAGCAUUAAACACAAGGCUUACAGAACCCCUGUCUCAGCUACCUAUGACCAUCAUAUUGAAAUGCCCAGGUAACAGAGGGAUCCAUCUAUCUGCAAGUUCACCUUUACCCAUUUUAAUGGGGUUGCAGAGCUGAACCUCUUGGUGGAUUGUGUCCAGAGUUUGACUAUCAUCUGAGCUCCAUUUUUGUUACCACUCCUCUCCAGAAAUGUCUAAAAUUUGAGUGGGAUUUUCCAUUCAAAUGAAAUAAACAUUGAAACUCAGUGACAGAGCAAACGAAAGUGAAAACUAGAAGAGGGUUACAUUCCCCACCUUCAUAUUACUCACUUCCAUUCCAUAUAAAUAUACAGAACUGAAGCAAUUUAAGGACUGCAGAAGCAGAAGAAGGCAAGAAAGCCUCAUUAAGCGUUCCUUUAUCCCUUUAGGAGGGCAUGUGCCGUGAAUUCCAACCAUUUUUAGAGGAUGGGAAUUUAUACUGCAACAGAGAUAUAGACCCUGUUUUCGGUCCUGAUGGCAGGAGACAUAUGAACAAGUGUGUCAUGUGCCGUGAAGUCUUGUGAGUAUUAGAAACAACCACUUGUUUCAGAGAUGCUAAUGCCAUGAUGAGAGCUGUUAUACUGGUUGUUUCCCCUAUGUCUUCUCCUCCUACAGACAGUUUCCUAGUUCCAUCUCUAUGGCAGAAACCCUUUGGCUGAGGCAAACACUGCAAUUUAUAACCCCCAGAACACAGAGGUCAGUUUCAUGCCCUGCUGUUCCCCCAGACCAUCAAGAUCAACACCAAAAGUGGAUCCAAAAAUCCAGGCCAUCAAGGCGGCAGGGAAGAUCUAGCACACAUUAGAAAUUUCACAGGGCUUUAGUUUCAAUGCAUGCAAGAUUCCUUCCAUGAAGGAGAAGCUAUUUGGAUUUAGUGAGCAGGAGUCUGCAUCAAUAUUAAGAUGAGACCUGUGCUCAUUCCCUAAGAUUCAUUUCAGAUUCGGAAGGUGCUCAGGGAUGAGUGGUUUAAUCAGUCUCCAUGAAUAUGAUUCUCAGCAAUACAAAUGGGCUGUGAAAUAUCCUUUUCAUGUCAGUGGUUUGUGUAAAUUGCCAUCUAGGCAAUAUUUCAUAGAAGGUUGGCAACACUUCAGUACCAUCAAGUUGUAUGCAAUGCUGCCCAUGUACACGUAGAACAGACUUCCUCCUUGUGCAAUGGGACACCCUUGCCUCCUGUGCACCCACAAAAUCUGCUUAGGAGGACUGAGAAAUACUGGGGGGCAAAAUUUGGAAGUGUAUAGGGGAACUGCAGAGAGAAGGAGAGGAAAAUGAAGUCCUGAUACGUGAGAGGAAAUCCACUGGUGCAACAAUGGUUUCUAUCCAUUGAAAUGAUUAGGACAAAUUAGUUACAUGAGUAAGACUGAUUGAUUUUAAUGGGAUUUCUAUGAAUUGGGGCUAUAAAUGAUUGAAGAGAGCCAGUGUGGUGUAGUGGUUAAGAGCAGUAGUCUCGUAAUCUGGGGAACCGGGUUCGCGUCUCCGCUCCUCCACAUGCAGCUGCUGGGUGACCUUGGGCCAGUCACACUUCUUUGAAGUCUCUCAGCCCCACUCACCUCACAGAGUGUUUGUUGUGGGGGAGGAAGGGAAAAGGAGAUUGUUAGCCGCUUUGAGACUCCCGAAGGGGAGUGAAAGGCGGGAUAUCAAAUCCAAACUCUUCUUCUUCUGAAGGCACUUGUUAUCAGAUCCUAUUUAAAUACAUCAUGGAAGACUCAAUAGAGAAAAGUCCUUAGAUUAGAGAUUCUAAGCAAAUAACAUCCCUUACCUACUUUACGUCUUGAUUUCUUCUGUUCUCUUUUAUGUGAGCAGUUCUCUUGCAUUCCAAGAACCUCUUGUGUGAAAAAAGAUUGCGGGGUUUGUAUUGAACUUUAUAUCACCCUACACUAAAGUGUUGCACCAUUUACAUUUUCCAUUCAUAAUUUCUUCUCUGUUUUUGUUUAUUAUCUUCAUUAAUAGGAGAAGGAGAGCAAUUGCUGGUUGGCCCAAAAACCCUUCUUCAGCAAAGGUGAGGAGAAAUUUUAAAGCUAUCCAAGGGCAUCUAAUAGCGUUGAUUCCAUUAGUGUUACAGGGAGGAAAGCAAUUUUAGAUUAUUUCAGGAAUUUGAAGGAGAUGGAGAAUAACUGAAAAUUACUCCUCUUCUUAUGUGGCUUUACCAUCACCUGAGCAACGUUGUUGGCUACAACCUGCAAUUCUUGCUAACAGUGCUAUCCUGUGCAAACUUCCCUGGGAGUAAGUCCCAUUGAGGCUAAUGGAUCGUAUUUUCAUGCUCAGGCACAGUGAGCCUGCCACCUGGUGCCUCACACCAUGUAUAAAGAUACACAGACCUACAUUCAUGGAUCCAAAAAAGAAAAAAAGGGGAGAAAGGCCACAACUUUAUUGAUUACAGAUUUAGGUGAUUUGUCUUAGGCUCUGGGUGUUUUCCCACUUGGUCAGCCUGUCUGCUUCCUGCUUCCUAGGGCAUCCAUUCCAGGAAAAUAUUGCCCUAUGGUUUCCAUCAAAUAGAAGCAGCCCACGGAAACUGCCUUGGGGAGUGCUAUGGUCCUCAGCCCCCCAUCUGGAUUUAUGGACAGAAACACCUCUCCUAGGAUUCCUUUAAUGGGAUACCCCAAUUCCUGGAAGGGGAAGUUAAAGCAAUAUAGUCCCCUUAUGAAUAAUUACUAUGAAUCUGACCUAAUGCUUUAACCACUAAAGUUGUGAUGAUUGCUGUGAGGCAAAAACCACAAGACCAGCCAAUUUGUCUGGAUAUAAAAUUUCUUCCUGCCCCAAAUACAGCAGCCAAAAGAUUACAUAGCAAAGUCAUUAACAAGGGUGGGAGACCAAAAGGGUGACUGUAGUGCCAAGGGAGAAGGCGGGCCCCUUUUUAUCCUGAAGAAGAGGACCCAAGUGGAAACCAGCACAAAGUUUCCACCUGACUCUGCUCCCCCCAGCUGCCACCUCCUAAAGCCCAUCCACGAUUGGCCAGUUAUUGUGGGUGGGUAAAUUUGGAUUUCCCCAUGGCAGAAAGGUGAGAGGAAUUUCUGAGUAGACAUGUGUGGGAUUGCAUGUGAGGCAUGAAAAAUGGUAUACCUGAAAUAUGAUGAUAUUAUGUGUUUAAGCCCUGCAUUUGACCUGCUUAGCAAUUGGUUUUUGCUUUUGUGCUGGAAGAUAUCAGACUUCAUUGUCACUUGGAUUGUAGCCCAAUCUAAUUUUACUAAAUGAGAUUAGAGUUACAAUGCUGAUACUAUAUGUAAUUAUAGUGAAAACACUUCUGGAACAGAAAUUGCACAAGUGGAGACCUGCUACAUUUCAUGGAAAUUCGGGAUGGUGUCCUCCUCCACAGCACAUUGCUGGUUCACUAGAAAUAUGGUUCAGGAAGAGUUGAUUUUCAUCAUACACCCUCUGGCUGCUUCUUAUAUGUACAAAUAUGCUUCAUUACGCCAACAGUAGCAGUUUCCAUUCUCCUUCUGUUUUAUCCUCACAACAACCUGGUAGGUUGGCCUAAGAGAUUGUGAUGGGUCAAAGUCAUCCAGUAAAGUUAACCACUCACCAGGAAUUUCAACCCAAGCAUCCCUGGUCCUAGCUUAACCAAAGGGUGAGGAACCUAGGGAUAGGGCGCUCCAGAAGUUGCUGGACUACAACUCCCACGAUCAUUUAGCCAUGAUGGCUAGGACUGGUGGGAAAUUGAGUCCAACAAUAUCUAGAAGGCCACAGGCUCACCAGUCCUGCUCUAACUGUUGUACCACUCUGAUUCUCCAAACCUGUUCCUGCUUGUGAGUAUUAAUAGCAAUCCUAGUUUCCGGUUUGGCUCCAGACUUGGAGGGCAGAUAAACAGAUAGAACAGUGCCCCCCCAAAAAAAACCCUACGUUAUCAGGUAUGGCUUAAAAGAAGUAAGGCUCAUUACUUAUCUAAAGAAGGUCUUCAUGAGACCAUUGAGUCCAGGGUCUAAAAUUAUCCAAGUUCACCCACUGCAGGGUCUCAUUGUAAACCACAAUUGAACCGUUACUAGUACUAUGCGUUUUGGUUUCUGACAGGCCCAAGUUAGCGUGCCAUGAUGAGUUCGUAUCUUUUCCUUCUUGUGUUUCCGAGACUGAAAUAGUAAACUCUCCAGGGCGGGUCCUGGGCUGCCUUCCCUGUUUGGAACAUUCCAAACACGUUGUUGGCACUCAAUUACUGCUUAAUGGGGUAAUAACACCCAAGAGCGCUCCAGCUAGGGCAAGGUGUGGGACCAGGCAUAAGCAAGCCUUAAUUGCACCUUGUUUAUCUUGGCCAAUCCAUUUCUUGCACACCUCUUUCUCUAGGCAGCAAAUCUUGUCAUUGACAGGCUUUUCUUUCCCAAAUGAUAUCUUUGUUUCUUGGUCAAAUUGCUUGGCUUAAUUCGUCAUCAUAAUGCUUGCUUCUGUGUGACUUAUACUUGUGCAGGUUAGACUUCAUAAGGUUGUGUCUAGCAUUCCGGCUGAGAGGGAAGUGUUCAGAGGGAGAAGCUGCUAAGAGAAAGGGUGGGAGAAGGGUAAAGCAGAAACUCUGCUACUUUUCCCAUUAAGUUUGUUCCCACCCAGGAGCAGAGGAAAAGACGAACACAAUCUGGCAACAUGGCAAGCAGUUCUGUUGUUAGUGUGUCCACUAUGUUUUUGAAAUCUAAUGUGUCUAACAUAUUUUUAAAAUCUUGCUUAAUAUAAAGUCCAAAAUAGACAUUAGACAUCUGCAAAGAAAACAGAAUCUCAAGUGCUAGACAUAAUGUAUUGGCUAUUAAGCACAUUUGCUGUAUUGAUUUAUUUACAUGGGAAAGAAUUCUGGGUGGACAAUUCCCCACUGAAACCAAUGCUACUAUUUGAUUGGUUUUGUGGCACCUUUAAAGACUAACACAUUUAUGACAAGCACAAGCUUUCAUGGACUGUAGUCCACUUCAUUAGAUGCGUCUUAUAAAAGAAACAUCUGAUAAAGUAGAAUGUAGUCUGCAAAAGCUCAUAACAUCAUAAAUUUGGUAGUCUUUAAGGUGCUACAAAACUGCCGUAUUUGCUGCAACAGAUGAACACAGCUACACCUCUGGAAACUUUCAGGUUUGUGCUCAUUCUCUUAAUUACUUCCAAUGAAGAUUACUUCCAGGGUGCUUCAUUCCUCAUAAAAGACUAAUUCCAUUGGGUUUGGUUCAAUCAAAAGUGAUUGAACAUUCUGCUGAUCACAUGAUUUUCUAAGGGACCUUAAACGCUGGCUAUGGGCAUCCUGUUGAUGACUCAUGAUGAACUUUAUCUCCUUCAAGGAGGAAAAUUGAUCUUCUUCUUCCUCCACUGUAGGAUGACGACUGCAGUGAAUAUUGGCCUUAUUUCAGAGAUGGGUCAUUUUCCUGCACCAGAGAGAAUAAUCCAGUUCGUGAUGCUUCUGGCAAGCAGCAUAGCAAUAAAUGCAUAAUGUGUCUACAGAAGUUGUGAGUAUGCCGUAAUAUAUUUGCUUUUUAAUUAAAUUGGGCCUCUCUGUCUGCAACAAAGUAAAACUUUAUCCAUUGUUUCUUGCAGCAAAAAUGGAGGUACGAUGAAUUCUGUUGGAAAGGACCAACCACAAAAUGGAAAAAAUGAGGUGAAAUAAAGCUUUAUCCAAAUUUGUAUCUGACCAUUUACAUUUUGCAUUUCUUGCCCAUGGUGACCAAGAAUGAGAAGAAUCAGUUUCACUCCAAAAAGGCUCCAACUCUGUUCAUCCAAGGUUUUGUUGCAUCCUGCACAUACAUGCACAGUUUAGCCUCUUGUUCCAUAUGCAAAAAGUCAUGUGUGUGGUAGAGUACCUCAUUAUGCACAGAAUUAGGAAGUCCUACCUCAUGUUCCACAGGUACCUCUUUAUGCAGCACAUUGUUAAUUAUGGAACUCACUGCCACAGGAGGCAACAAUGGCCACCAACUUGGAUGGCUUUAAAAGAGGAUUAGACAAAUACAAGGAGGAAAAGGCUUUCAAUGGCAACUAGCCAUGAUGGCUAUGCUGUGAUUCCAUGAUCAGAGGCAGUAAUGCUCUUCAACACUUGUUGCUGGAAAUCACUGGAUGGGAGAGUGUUCUUGUGCUUGGGUCCUACUUGUGGGUUUCCCACAGGCAACUGAUUAGCCACUGUGAGAACAGGAUGCUGGGGUAGAGGGGCCAUUGGCCUAAUCCAGCAUGUUAUUGUUAUGUUCUUAUAUUGACCUGCAUUAUCUCUGCCUAAAUCAUAGAAACUACAUUUGCCUGUAAUGUCAUUUUUAAAAAUUGUGUUCAGCAUUUCAGUCAUUGGAUUAGCUUUUAAUGAUUUCAUUAAAAGCUAGAAAGUGUUAGACUUCAAGGUUAUAUUUCAGGCCUAGCCAAAUUCAUAUCUGCAUUAAAUUCAUCCCUGGAUAACAGUUUUAGUCCAUAAAGAGGUUACCUUAAUAUGCAUAAUGUUUAAAAUACUAUAUCACAUUUGAGGGCAAUGUCCAUUUUCGAGAUUAUUUUUAUCUGUAAGCUGUCUUGAGUCAGGUAUAAAUGAUGAUGAUCAUGAUGAAGUUUUAUAUUGACUAUAAUGGAAUGUGAAUUAUGCCCAUCCUGUAAUUAAGCAUGUUGGGGAAAGUGAGAGAGAGAACUUUUCAGAUCAGCUGCGUCCAGAUCAAUCUACGUUUCAAUGACUCAUAAAGAAUAAAUAGUUCAAGAAGACUUUAAUGAAAGGCCCUUUACCCAUCUAAUUGAACAAGCAAAUAAAAUAGUAAAUAACCUUCCAGAGAAAAGUUGGUUAUUCCAGAAACUUUUUUUAUAUAAAAAAACCCCUUAUACUUACCUUCCUUUUAACCUGAAAGGUUUGUGACUCAUGCCUUGUUUUGAAUUGGCAAAGUCAGCUCGCCCUCAUAGAUUUCUUUAUUUAUGUUUCAUUCACUCACUUUACCCUUGUUCCAUCAUGUGGACCCAGCUAGGAGAGGAUACGGGUUGUCGGUGCACAUGUUCACAUCAUUCUUUUGCCUUCAUUAAAGCUAAAAAGAAUCUAUAUGAAAAGUUUCUCACUGGUGAGAUGUCUAAGCAACACCAGUUCAUGAAACAGUAUUGAGGAAUCAAGGGCAGGCCCUUUCUUGCCAGCAUUCCAGCCACCUUUGUUGGCUUUAUUCACUAUUGAUUGAAAGCAUGUUGCAACUUUUUAGAAGUUUUCAUCAUGCUCCACAGCAACUGAUGCAGGGACCUGAGUAUUCUCUGAAUUGUUCUGGUGCAGUUGUCUGCCUGUGAUCUGGUAAGGUGUUGACAGUAUUUUAAGCACAUUGUUGGGAAAAGUGGGGGAGAUCACUUUUAUCAUCCAGAUCAAUUGCAUGCUUUGAAUAUCCCUGCUAAAGAAUGAUAAUUAGGCCGGCCGUGGAGGGCAACACCCAACAAAUGUUUCUAAGACAGAGGCACUCAGGAUUCCUCUGACUAACACCUCAGUCAGACACAAGGUAGUAGGUGACAUGGUUCACCCUGUCACACCCUGACACCAUCUGUGUCUGUGUGAUGCAUUUGCUGUGAAUGAAGAUUCUCCAGAGUUUCCAAAAAUCAGACCAGCAAAGCAAACCAUGUUCUUUCUCUGCAGAGGAAUGAUGGAUGUGAUGAAUAUCGAUCAGAGAUGGGACCCAACGGAGAACUCACUUGCACCCGUGAGAAUGCUCCAGUGCGGGAUGCAACUGGCUAUACAUACAACAACAAGUGUAUCAUGUGUUCAGAGAAAUUGUGAGUGCUCUAACUCAAAGAUGAAAUGAUGUGCUGUCAUGAAUAGCAAACUUUGGCAUGUACGGUACUCUCCAAAGUUUAUGGGCAGUCAUUGAACACAAGAAGAAAUGCCUUGUGUUUAAUGUAUAUAGUUUAUGUAAUGUUAGCUACUUAGGCUAGGGUUUUAUCCCCAGGGCCACAUUCCCCAGCGGGCAGCCUUCUGGGGGCCACAUGCCAGCGGUGGGUGCAACAGCUGGUGUGACUUUUUCCAUAGGUUCCUGACCAGCCAUGCAAAGUCAGAGGUUUCCACAUAUACUGUUUUCCAUCCAGGCAAGCAAGGGGCAUUAGAACAGUCAGCUAAAACCUCUUGAGGAAGAUGCACAUUUGAAGAAAGUGUAUUAGUCCUUCCUCCCUUCACUAAAUUUGCAUUAUAAAAAAAUUGGCCAGCCAGCAUGGCCAGAAUCAUCAGGGAUGAUGAGCACCGUAGUCCAGUAGCAUAGGGAGGGUGACAGGUCCCCCCAUCCAGGAUCUAGGGAGUACCAGGUUGGUAUAGGUUGCAGUAUACCAGGUGUGGUAAACUUUUGUCCUUCCAGGUGUUGCUGAAGUACAACUCCCAUCAUUCCUGACCAUGCUGGCUGGGGCUGAGGGGAGUUGUAGUUCAACAACAUCUGGAAGGCCAAAGGUUCCACAUUUCUGAUAUAUUAAAACAAAGCAGCUUCUCACUUCUUUGUACAUGCCUGUGGGUUUGUUCUCUCCUUAUGUUUUCAUUUUUGUUUUACUGUCCUUGGUUUUCUUUUCUUCUUUCAAUCUUCUCCUGAAUGCUCAAGUUCUAACAAGUGUUUGAACAUAAGAACUCCAGUUUCCAAUUCCUGUUACUCACGUUGUUCUACAUUCCAUGCCUCUUAGCAAAAAAGAAGUUCGAGAAGGCAGGAUCGUUGGAGGAGGAAAAGGAGGAGGCGGUGGUGGUGCUGUGGAUACUUAUGGGAACAGAAUCGUUCAAGGGAAUUUCAACCCAGGGAACAGCAACGAGGUGAGGAAAAAUGUCGGGCAAGCUGCUACCUGAGCACUACUUUCCUACUCAAGAAAAGGGAUACUUUAUCCUGUCUCUGAUACUGUGCUGUAAUGCUCAUCUCCUAGAAAGCAUGAUUGGGAAGAGAGAUCACAUUCUCAUAGCAAAUCAGAAACAUGUAAAACAUCCAGGCUGAGCUCGGUCCAAAGGCUUUAACAGCCUGGGAUAACAUAGUAGAAAGCAACAUGCAAAUAAUUUCUGAACACAAGCCACAACUUCUGUGUGGUGUGGGAGUUGCCUGAUAGGUAUUGGUAGAUCAGAGCCAGGAAGACAGCAAAUCCAUGAUUGCAACAUGUCGUGGAGAUGGCUCAAUCACAGAGAGGUGUCCGAUGUUAAAGAAGAAUGCCAUGAGAUGGAGAAUGAAGGAAGCUCCAAAUUUAUAGGGUACGAUCUAGGCUGCAGUGCCAGCCCUGAGCAUCCAGCCGGGCCUCAGAGUUAGCUCCUUGGUUUGAACAACUUGUUAGUGGCCUGAGGAGGAUACUUCCCCUGAGUGCUGCCUUAGAUCUAGCCCAGCUUUCAGUAAUAUUACUUACAUAAAUAGCCAAACAAGUCAAAAUUAUCCUUCCUUUAAGGAAAACCAUUAUUAGAAUAAUAAAAAUGUCAGUGAAGGGAAUAACUAUAAACCAAACGAGUAAAAACAUCCUACAGAGAUAACCACACAAGCAAUGAAAACUUGCUUUCACACAUGACAUGUUGGCAUUUAGGUUCUAAUGUGCCAAAUAUGUGGGCCCUAGUCUAGCUUUAGUCACACAAAACUAGUGGCCUUUGUUGGGGAUGUACAGCAAGAGAUGCUUCUGGACAAUUCGGUAAUGUAUUAGCUGGGCUUCCCAUUGUUGGGUCAGGCUGGUGGUCUUCACAUUGUUUGUUUACUAAUUAAUUAUACUUCAUUUAGAAGAGUUUAUAUAGUUUCCAUGAGACUCCCAAUGACUCCCAGUUUCCUAACCAGGCUCUGAUCUGGCCCACAUCCAAUCAUGAAUGAGUCAUUCCCAUCCAUGGGGUGGGGAGCUUACGCAUGUUAAACUUAUCCCUAAUCAUGCCCAUCAACAAUUCAUAUAGACCUACCAGAGAUAUGAUUAGGGUGGCCAUGCAUCUUGCUUUAAAGAGGACAACUCUUUAUUUGAAAUGCUAACAGAGGAUAGCCCUCUAUUUGAAGGAGUCCUCUGUUUGAAGGGCUGUCUGGUCCAAGCCUGGUUUAAGGAUGAAGAACCCUAAGGGAAAGCAGCAGAGACCUUGAAGUUACCACCAACAGUUAGCAGCAGCUCACCUGUUCACAGCCUUCAUCACUAUGGUGAGAUGUAUUUUCAUUUGAAUUUGCAUUAGCCGGCCUGUCUAAAUUUGCAUUCAUACAUAUAAAUCAGUACAUGCUAAUUUUAUGCAUAUUUUUGUCAUAUUUUGGGGCAAUGCAUAAGUGGCCACCCCAGAGAGGUGUCUUAAAUUGUAAAUAAACAGUUCGCAUAUUUUUAAUAUAAGGCUUUCAUGAUUUGACUAACAUCAGCAACUGUUUAAGUAUGACAAGAAAAGAUGCAAUCUCUCCUCAUGGUUUUCAAUGGGAAGAUCAUUCAUUAACCUAGCUCUGCAGUAAAAAAACAAAAGAACAAAACAAAACUCCUUUGUCUCAGGAUAAAACUUUCUAUUUUGCAGCCAACAGGUUUUUUCGACAUGUUAAGACAUGUAAGAAAAUCCUUUUGAAUUCACUGGGGCUUACUUGUGAAUAAACAAGGUUAGGCCUGUGUUGUGAAGCUUGAAUGGUGGCCCAGAGAUUAUAGCUGUGAAGCCCUUCCACAUGGUAGGGGAGACAGUACUGUGUACUACAUUAGUCUUGUUCAGACAUUCAAACUCCUGUGUAAUGAAACAUGGAAGAGGGGCCACACUCCAUAGGCCCAUCUCUGACAUUGCAUGCACUGAGUAGUGACACAUAUAUAAUGCAGAUAUCUGCAGAGGAGGGGAGGGCUUUGUGUAUUCAGCUUUACACACAGAGACCCCCCCUUCUGCAGAUGUUCAUGCUGCAUUCACAUGGUGUGCACCUGGUGUGUAUGAUGUCAGUGGCAGGGUUUCUCUGCACAGUAUAAAGGACCUCAGAAGACUGACUGAACAGGGAUAUUGACAUGCAGGCCUGCUUUCGCACUCUUUCUAGGCAGGGACUGAUUAAGAAAAUUGUUCUUCCAUUGCAUUAUGUGCAUUACGUAUCACUAAUCUCCACACUCUUUUCUUGUGCUAGCUUCAGGGGUGAAGCUAACAGUUUCAGGGGUGGGGUGGGGGUGCAAUGCAGUGGCAUUGCUUGGAAGGGGCCACAGAGGCAGUUGCCCUGGGAGCAAAAUUCUUAGGGGCAAAAAAUUUCAACACCCAGGUACUGCAGGCAACACUGGCCUCUGUCCCUCUUUCCUGCCCUCCCUCUUCUGAUGCCCUCUUGCAUCUCUGCCUCCCCAAGGCUUGUGUGGCUGUUUGUUGCAGCAGCCCUGGCUACAAGCUCCACAGGCGAAAGAUGCUUCUUGGGCUAGCCAGGGGGAUGCUUCCCAGACCCCUGUGGGGCAGUGUGAGGAGGCACCUCUCUUUGGGGCAGGGUAGGCAACUCGGAGACCAGGGGUGACAACCUUGGCUGCCCAGAGGACUCCCAAGUGGGGGGAAGAGGAGAGGAGUCUGAGGGAACACUAUACAAGGGAGGAGGUUCAAAAAGUGGUGAGGGGCUGCUGGCUGUGUAAGCAAGGGGUGACAUAACUGGGCUCCUGAGCCCCACAGGGGUGCCGCAGAAAGAAUGUAGUUGGUCAAGGGAGCCAUGGGCCCCAAAAGGUUGAAAACCUCUGUGUUAGGCAGUUGAAUGUGUAUGUGUACUCAAUCCAUUUUGCUCCCUCCCACCCCCUGCUCCAUGCUGCCCUGGGGUCUGAAAACCCCCGCUAUGCCACUGGUGCAGUGCCAAAAUCUCUGAUGAUGCAGGUUCCAAUCAAUGCAGUUCCAGGAAGGUGGUUUCAAAUGCCGUGCCUCCUCUGGUCCAAAGAAUCACGCAUGGUGCCUCUUUUUGUCUUGCACCAACUGGUUCCAGUUUGACAAAAUCUGGUGGUUCAAAAAGUUGACCCUCUUCCUGUUUUAAAGAAUGCAUCAUUAUUUUGUAACACCCAAAUUACAAGACAUUCAAGCAUAAUGACCCCCCAUUUUCAAAGCAUCGUGUUGCAUCUCCUUGUGAUCCUCGCCUGUCACUCAGAUGUAGGAAUGUAAGAAGUCAUCAUUUCCUAUUCUGCCCUGUAUGGUCACAAGCAGCAUUGCUUCUGUCUCACUGCAGUUUGUCUGUCACCAAAUACAGUAUUUGCAUCACUGUCCACUGUGGUAAAAUUAUGUAAUUUACGUAAAUUGCAUGGUCAUUGCAUAAUUCCACACCCUUCAUUUUGAUAUGAAGGAAACGCAAUGCAAAUGGAGACGAAACCUAAUCAUUUGUGCACUGAAAGCAACAACAUCAGCAAAUACUGAUAGUAUUUCCUGGGUGGAUUUCUGUUCAUAUGUGGAUGAGUAAAUGAACACCAGCAAUUUACAUAUCUCUUUUCAUUUCCAACUGAAUUUUCUAACAUCCCUACUCAAAGGUCUGUCUCUUUCUCUGACGAGGGCUUGAUUCUUUGCCUUCCACAAAGCACAUUCCUGAGUACAUUGAUGGUUCCAGACACUUUUCUCGUGGUUCAGCAUUGCUGCAUCUUUCCUCAGAUUUGUCUGCAUCACCCAGGACAGGCAAUAAGUGGACUGAUAUCCUCAUCAGUACUUGCUGUAACCUCUGCCUUAGGAUUAAUACUGUGUUUGAUUGUUUUGCUCUCCAGUUCCCAUCAUUUCAUUUGAUACUGUAAAGCUUGUGGCAAUUUCUGUCACUGAGCUUUUCUUUAAAAUACUACCAGAAGUGGCAGCUCCGGCUCAGCAAGGGUUUGUGAAAAGAGAAAAGACUGUGUAAAACCAAAAUAUGCACACAUUCUGGCUAUCCCACAAUUGUGAUCACACUAGAAACAACUGUCAUAAAGUUUAUUCUCUGCUGCCUCAACGCUGUGUAUAGUUCAUUAUCAAAAAGUGAGGUGCAUUCCAUCUCAAUAGCAUUCUGUGACAAAGUGAUCAGGCAGGCUUGACAGCUGGGCCUGGUGAGCUGCCUGUCAAGUUGGAGAGCCCUCCUCUUUUAUCAAAUCUAGAAACGGAUAGUGGGGGGAGGGAGGGAGAGAGAAAAAGCACACCUUCACUGGCAGUUGGGACUUGUCAGCUGGGAGAGAAGAUAGCUGAGAGAAUGGGAGGGUGGGGUGGGGUGGGGGGAAGGAGAGGAAGAGGGAGAAGCUAAGCUAGGAGAUUCCUUCUAAACCUGUCCUUGUCAUUCUUGCAAUGGAUCUAACCCACUUAAAUGAUUCUAAUGAUGGGAAUAAGGUAGUUAGAAAUGGUAACAAAUCUGUUUCUAUUGGUCUUGAGUUUAAGUACACCAUCUGAGCCCUUUUUUCCCAUUAGUUCCAUUAGCAAAUGUUGUGCCUUCAUAUUGCAGAAACUUUUUCUUGUGUCCUUCCCCAUGACCUUUGACCCAGCCUAUUUUGUUCUGAUUUAUAUGAGUUUAAGGGUGCACAGAUUUUGAUGGGGAGAACCUCCAAGAUCACCACUCUCUUGAUGGAAAAGAGUAGAUCUCAUUCGCACAAACCGUGGUCUCUCUCUCUCUCUCUUUUUGUGGUCUCUCUUUUGUGAACAAGAAAAGAAGUCACCCUCUUAUCAAACUUGCUUCUUCUCCAUUGACAGAAAAACUGCAAGCCAUAUGGAAAAAAUGAUGUAAAUAAUCCUUGCCCUGCAGAAUAUCAGAUUGCAUCGGGGGAUUACAGAUCAUAUACCAAUUGUGGAGGGUGAGUAUGCUUGACAUGCAAAGAUCUGUGUGAUAGCAGUUAUGAUGCCAAAGUGGGAGUUUAUCAAUGCUUUGCCACAAUGAGGUAGUUGGGUUGCAAAUGUCUGACCAAAUAUUCAGGUACCCUGGGUAUGACCUGCUGGUUUCUCUUAGGGACAAUGGCUUUACUAUCUGAAGUGUGGAAUCACCAGUCUGUUGCUAAUACUCAGCUCUGCCUUUUCUUGGAAGAGAUCCAGGAAUUUCAGUUCUAAAUGAGUGUUUGAAGGCUGUGGUGGGGUAAAUGAGGUUGAACAGGUUUAGACUGGAUCCACAAAAGCGAUACAUAUAGAUGUGUUCUUCCUUUGCCACUGAGCCAAGUCCACAGACUUUAUUGUACUCCUGGACCUGAGCUUAAUGUUGAAGGCUCAAAUAGUGCAGCAGUUAGGACCACAUUCUAUCUGGCAGAAAAAAAUACUUGUAGAGAUGAGAUGGGUCAAAUUUCAUAUAAUCAUAGAAUUGUAGAAUUGGAGGGGAUACUGAGGGUCAUCUAGUCCAACCCUCCUGCAAUGCAGAAAUCCCAACUAAAGCAUCCAUGACAGAUGGCCAUCCAACCUCUUCCUGAGGAUUAGUAAGAAUCUCCUUCUAACUUGAAUCCAUUGGUUCAGGUCCUAGCCUCCAGAGCAGGAGAAAACAAACUUGCUCCAUCUUCCAUGUGACAGCCCUUGAGAUAUUUGAAGAUCCAUGCUUAUGUAAUUUGUGACCCUAAUUGGCUUUGGAUGUGCUCCAACCAUGGUUUCCUUUAAACUUAUACUUCUAACCAUGAGUUCUAGAAACAUUCAUUUUAAACUAGUAACCUUGCAGCAAGAAAGAAUUGUUGGAUCAAAGAAAAUGCCAUGCCAUCCAUGCUCUUGGCAGGAUCACAUCCCACCGGAGAGAAGGGCAAGGAAGACCAAGUAAUACAGGCAGCAAGUAAUAUUUGGCGUUCUGAAAAAUAUGUAGCAGGUGCUGGAUGGGAUUGUGCAAGAAUGUCCCCAAUCAGAUCUAACAGAAAUUCCAGGUGUCUGUUCGUAGGAUCGAUUCCAAGGAGCUAGCAAUGGAAGGAGACAUUUGAGGUUAAUGCAAACAGACUGGAAUAUCUGGGGUGGAAAAGGUGUAGAAAGUGAGAUUGAGAAGGGAAGUGAGAUUAGGCAUAUCACAAAUGUCACAGUGGCAUUAUAUAAACCUAUGAUGUAUUCACCAUUGGAAGUAACAGCUAUAGUCUGGUUAUACUGUCAGAAUGGAUAUUGCAUACUGGAAAUGGUAUAGAAAGAGUAAGUAAAAUGGUAAAGAGUAAAACAUGUGAACAAAGGCUUCAAAAGAAAUUGAGGCUUUUUAGUUCAGAAAAGGAUAAGAGAAAUUAUUUUCCGUCUCUCAGAAUAGUAGAUCUUUCAGUUACAUUGAUCGGCUGACAGUUCUACACAAACAAAAGGAAGCACUUUGCUUCUUCCUGUGACGCCUAGUAAUUAAGUUGUUGAAUUUGUUGCCACCGGAUGUUGUGGCGGCUACUGACACUUAUAUUUUUUUAAGGGUUAGAAAAACUUAUGUGACUUUUCUUCUAGGACAGGACAGUCAUCAUACUACAAUGAAAAUUGUAGGAAAGGGCCCUUCCGCAAUAGGCAGAAGAAAAUUGCUGUUGGGGACAAGAAGGUAAAAAUCACCUCCUAAUACAGUUCAUUAUUGGUUACAUUAUUUAUUAGAUUUAUAUACCACCUUUUCCCUGACGAGCUCAAGGCAGUUUAUAUGGUUCUGCCCCUUCUCAAUGUAGCCCCACAACAACCCCAUGAAGAAUCUUAGGCUAAGAGAUAAUGACUGGCCAAAGUCAUCCAAUGAGCUUCAAAGAUGAGAGGGGAUUUGAUCCCUGGCCUCCUUGGUCCUAGUCCAAUCCUCUAACCACUACUCCACAACAACAGAAUAAAUCCUUGUCACAAAGCAGUAGUGGCUAUGUGGGUACUCCAGUAGGGACAGAAGGAUAUGGUCCCAUGCUUGUACUGUUGCUAAAUAAAAAUGGUCUAUGUGCCCAAGAACUAAAUAAGCUGUGAGGAGUGGUUCUGCAUUUAUUGCAUCGCUCACAACCUGGCUGUGGUACUACUCCAUGCUCUGGUAAAUUCCAGACUGGAUUAUUGCAAUGCAUUCUACGUGGAGCUGCCCUUGAAGAUGGCUUGGACACUUCAAUUGGUCCAAAAUGCAGUUGCCAGAUUUCUGACUGUGUUCCAUCUAGAACUCAUAUAACCCCUGUUUUAAAACAGCAACAAUGGUUGCCACUUCAUUUCUAGGCCCAAUUCAAGGUGCUCAUGCUAAUGUUUAAAGCUCUAAAUGACUUUGGCCCCAAAUAUCCGAAAUACUGCCUCCUUCGCUACACCUAAGCAAAGAGGCCCUCUUGAGAGCACCACCUACUUCAGAAGUUUGGGGUGGUGGUGAUGGCCUGGGAGAGGGUAUUCUCUGUACAGCCCAUAAGUUGUGGAAUUCCCUCCCCACAGAGGUGUUUCUCUCUUCAUCACUAUAUAUUUUUCAGAGAAUGUUGCAGAUGCACGUCUAUACCCUGGUCUUUGAAAACUUAUAUAUAUUUUAGAACCCACUAAAAUUUGUUUUAAAUUGUUUUUAAUGCUGUACUUUAUUUUUCUGCAGCCCACGCCAGGACCUUCAGGUGAAGGGCAGGUAAUAAAUAUAAUAAAUGUUAGUGAUGUUGAUGAUAUGUGAACUUCAGUGUUUGCAUAUAUUUGUGUAUUUAUACAUCACAUUUCUAAUGUUUCAAUUCAUAUAUAUAUACAUAUAUAUAUAUGUAUAUUCUGGUGUCCUGUGUCUUUAUUUAUUCCAUCUGUGGGAGGGGGCGGGAAUAGCCACGCAAAGCCACUCCUGACAUCCGGAGGGGGGGGGGUUGCGGGCUCACGCCCCAUUCACACCCUUGCGGGGCUGGCUGCAGCCCCGCGGGACCUAGGGAAUCCCGGGGUCAUUAGUAUUCAUCAUUCUCCGCGCCAGCCAAUCGGCUGGCAGCGGGGGCGGGACUUGUAAGGGGCAUUUAAGGUCGGGACAGCCCAUGCUCGCCCCUUUCUUUUCUUUCAGCAGCUGCGGUUUCCCACCCUCCCGCCCUUUAGGUUCUCAUCUGGACUUUGCUAUGGGCUUUGGCUGGUCGCCGCAAGGGGCCUGGUAGGAGUUUUUCCAUUUGGCUAAUUGGCUAUAUUUUGGAAGCCACUUGGUUUUCUCGCCUACCUCGUAGCAAAACGUCACAACACCUUGGUUUUGGCAGUUAGGCAUUGGCAGGGUAUUAUUAUGCAAAUGAGAUGGGGGGGAGGAACGCCAUCACCUCCCCCAAAUGAUGAAGGGUAGUUCGUUAAAGGACUCCGGGGGGCGUUGCCUCGUCCGAAACCUAUGGAGGCUAGGGCCUAAAGCGCGGUAACCCCUCGGGGAGCGCCUAGGGAUGUGCAUCUCGGGGGCUCCCCCUGUUGGUGCUUAACCCUUCCCGGUUAUACCGGUUAGUCUGAUAGGGCCAAUGCCUAAAGCCAAUACCGCUCUUACCUGUAAUCAAUGAAGUUGUGGCCAUUUUUCGCCCAUUAACCUAAAUUCUGGUGUCCUGUGUCUUUAUUUAUUCCAUCUGUGGGAGGGGGCGAGAAUAGCCACGCAACCCACUAAAAUUUGUUUUUAAAUUAUUUUUAAUGCUGUACUUUAUUUUUCUGCAGCCCACCCCAGGACCUACAGGUGAAGGGAAGGUAAUAAAUAUAAGGAUGCUGUUGAUGAUGAUGAUAUGUGAACAUCAGUGUUUGUAUAUAUUUGUGUAUUUAUACAUCACAUUUCUAAUGUUUCAAUUCCCACAGUGGCUUGGAAUUUAAAGCCAGCUGAUUCAGUACGAAGCCAGUGAUCCUGGGUUUUUGACUGUCUGCAGGGAAAACAUCAGAAGCUGCAGAUCCUCACAUUAUAGCAAUAUAAUUCUGAGAAGUUGCAAGUCCUGAAAUCAUUUCGAUUCUCCUUAAAAAACAAACAAAUGCUAAUCUCUACUGAAUCUGGAAAUUCCAGUGUUUUCUGAGCUCAAGCCAGAAGACUCUAAAGUCCCUUUGAAUUCUUUGUAGAAAGGAUACACAUAAACGUAUAAUUCUCCUCGCAUCAUGCUAUAUGCAAAUAACUAUAUGAGUUUCUUUCUUGUACAGUAUAUGUAGAAAGACCAAACUCAUGUUUGCUCUGCUUGUCUGUUCAUAAUAAUAAAAAUCCUUCCAGUAGCACCUUAGAGACCAACUAAGUUUGUUAUUGGUAUGAGCUUUUGUGUGCAUGCACACUUCUUCAGAUUCUUCAUGCACACGAAAACUCAUACCACUAACAAGCUUAGCUGGUCUCUAAGGUGGGACGUGGGUGGUGCUGUGGGUUAAAUCAGAGCCUAGGACUUGCCGAUCAGAAGGUCGGCGGUUCGAAUCCCCACGACGGGGUGAGCUCCCGUUGCUUGGUCCCAGCUCCUGCCCACCUAGCAGUUCGAAAGCACAUCAAAGUUCAAGUAGAUAAAUAGGUACCGCUCUGGCGGGAAGGUAAACAGCGUUUCCAUGUGCUGCUCUGGUUCGCCAGAAGCGGCUUAGUCCUGCUGGCCACAUGACCUGGAAGCUGUACGCCGGCUCCGUCGGCCAAUAAAGCAAGAUGAGCGCCGUAACCACAGAGUCAGUCACGACUGGACCUAAUGGUCAGGGGUCCCUUUACCUUUAAGGUGCUACUGGAAGGAAUUUUUAAAAUUUUGUUUCAACUACGGUAGACCAACACGGCUACCUACCUGUCUGUUCAUAAUUACUCACAUACCUUCAGGCCUGCAAAGAUAAACACACCUCCAUGAAGAUCAGGAAAGUAUGUUAAUUUGUUGGAAUGAGACAUUGCCCUCUAGUGACUGGAAACAAACAAAACAGUUACAUCAGCUACUGUUUAAUAAAUCCCUUGUUACAAGAAAGGGCUCCUGCGGCUGUUCCUAAAUAUAUGGUUGUGUAAAUGAAAAGAACAGAUGGAUGAGCCUUUCAUGUGGUAUGCUCACAUAUGUAUACACUCACAGUGAUCAACCCAGGUAUUGUUUUUACUGUAUUAUUAUGUAGUAGAUGAACAGGAAGGGUGAUCUCUUAUAACAGAACUGAUCCUUAAUUCUGACAAACUGACUGGGGAAUGCACAGGGUGCUCUUGGAUGAGGUGGCAGGUAGAUGCGUUGAUUCUCCUGCCUUGGGCAAGGAACCUGUCAAUAAUAAUAAUAAUAAUAAUAAUAAUAAUAAUAGUAAUUUAUUAUUAUUUAUACUCCACCAAUCUGGCUGGGUUUCCCCAGCCACUCUGGGUGGCUCCCAACAGAAUAUUAAAAUUAUGAUAAAACAUCAAACAUUAAAAACUUCCCUAAAUACGGUUGCCUUCAGAUGUUCUAGAAUGCCUUGCAUGUGUCCUUUUAUUGAGCAGUUCUUAGCUAGCUGGCACUACACAUCAGAUCAGUUCCAGCUUUUUCUUUUCAUUUCUGCUGUUUGUACAGUGCAGGACUUAUAUUCAGUUUCUUUCUCUAUUGUUCGUCAUACCCAUCCUUUUGGGGGUGAUGGUGUGGAGGGAUGAUCUGAGCAAAGGCUAUCAAAGAGGUCCCAAAAAUUAUUGAGAAGAAAUUUGACCAUGAAACACCUCGUUAUAAGAGCUGUGAGCCGAUGGAACAAUUGUUGUUGUUGUUGUUGUUGUUGUUGUUGUUGUUGUUUGUACCCCGCCCAUCUGACUGGGUUACCCCAGCCACUCUGAGCGGCUUCCAACAUAUAUAAAGACAUAAUGAAACAUUAAACAUUAAAAGCCUCCCUAUAUGUAUUUUGUCAGUCCUAAAACAUUUAUGAUUAAGUAAGUUACCUUAUACUGUAGCAUGUUAUCUAAUUUACUUAUAUCUAUUUUCUCCUUCCAGCUGGACUGUGAUCAAAUUCUAGCCGCUAUAAAGAAGGAAGGGACUUCGUGCAAUGCUCUAUGGUCUCCUGUUUGUGGCACUGAUGAGAAAACAUAUAGCAAUAAAUGUUUCCUGUGUUCCGCAAUUGUGUGAGUAUUAGCAGUUGCUCUGGGGGCAUUGCAAAUGCAUUCUGACUUCACUGUGGGAUCCUAAUUGUGUUUACUUCAUUGCAAACUACCCAACAUCUUGGUGAUUUUCCAAUGACAUACACAGAGAUCAACAAGAUCCCAAUUAAAGGAAUGACAAAUAAUUCAGGAUAAUGGCAAUGCUUAUUUGGAUGCCAUCUUUGUCAUCAUUCGUUGGAAACCCUAGCCGUGUUUAAUGAUCACCUAGACAAGAAUUAAGAUAGGAUUUAAUUCAUAAUGGGAUGAGUGAAUGAGGGUGUGUGUGAAAGAAAGAGAGAGAAUUCCUCAUAAUCCUAAGACAUCUUGAAAGACCUGUCUUCAAAAAACAGUGAGCAGGUAUGAAAAGCAACUGCCUCGUGUUCUGCAUUAAUUGAUCAGCAUCUCAUCAUAAAAAGCAUAUAUAUCAGUAAUCAGGUUCCCCAAGUGUGUCCAAAGCUGUUGUGUAUAGAUUCUGCUUCCUCCACAAGAGCUGGUUCACACAACCAUUGUGAGGUGCAUGUUGGUGGACAUUUAAAAAGUCCACGCAUUCAGCUUUGACAUCCUGAACUUAUCACACAACAACCAGGAUUCAGCUUUUGGAACGUGAUUUGUGUGUGUGUGAUUUUUAAAACAUUGGCAGUCUAGCCCAAAAUUGAAACCUGCACUUAAUAGCAAUUGCUUGAGUGACUUGCCCUAGUCUGAGAAUAACUGUGUUUAGGGAUUUCAGGCACCUUUCCUAUGAGUGUUGUGCCCUUGAUAGUCAUGUGAAAAGAUCCUCAAGCAGUUCUCUCAAUACUUGGAAGCAGCAUAUUAAUUAGGUAGCAUGACACACUGAGUGAUGCUGAGGAUUGUUCUGCUUGUUUUGCUGAUUUUAAUGUUGUUCAAUUAUUGCUUGCAUGCGACUAGAGGAACAACUGAAAACAACACACAAUAAAUACAAUAUAGCACUUAAUGCAACAUAAAGCAGGGUGGGUGCAGUUGGGGGAGGGGCUUGGGGUGGUUAGGUUUGGCACCAGCAGUCAGCCAGGCUGGGCCGUUGUUAAUGGUUCUAUCUUCAACUCAUAUAUAUCCUAAAUCAACAGAGUAUUGCCCUGCUUUGGAAUGCCUUGGCUAAGCCAUCAUCUGAUUCCUCUCCCUAAGCAUGACCAUUUUGUACCUUCUGUCUAUAUGUUGUCUUAUAUCUGUUCUGCACAUAGUCUACCAUAACUUGAUCAUAGGGUUAACUCACUUUAGGGGAGUGAUAGGGGAGCACCAUAUAACAUUUAUUCUACAAUUUCUAGGAAAGCUGAAGAUACCCUUGCGCUAAAGAACGAAGGUGAAUGUCAGGCUGGUCAUAUAAAGGUGAGACUCUGAAUAAUUUGAGGGCAGGGCUAGCAUUAAAUGAUCUGUUGAGUCAAAUGGAACUACUAAAGCAGGGGUGUCCAACAGGUUGAUCGUGAUCUACUGGUCGAUUGCGGGGCAUCCCUGGUCGAUCCUGAUCGAUUGCCCCCCCCAAAAAAAGCUCAACAAUUUUGGUCAGUACAAUGGGUAGAUCACUGCCAGGGUUUUUUACGUGGGAGUAGAUCGCAGUCUCUUGGAAGUUGGACAUCCCAGUACUAAAGGAAUGGUAUCUGACUAAGUGAUUCUCAGAGUAAGUCCACUGAAAUCAAUGGAGUUAAGUUAGUCAAGACUAACUGGGUCUGUUCUGAGUAUGAAUUUGUCAGAUGCCACCUUAGGUUUCCAGAUAUGCCAAAUAUCAGUUUAUCAUUGUCUCUUCCAAACUUUAACAAAGUAUAAGGUUAAUCAGCCAUGGCGACCGGGAGGUGAUGACUGAGUAUAGUUGUCUUCUCCAAGUGUCCAUUCUAGUAUUUUCGCUGCUGUUUUGUUAGGCUGACUGCAACCAAUACCCCCAAACCAGAGGGAAAGUCCUUUGCAAGAGGAGAAGCCAAGAGGUGUGUGGAACAGAUGGCGAGACGUACGGCAGUGAGUGCAUGCUCUGUGACAGAAUCCUGUGAGUAAACCAAGCCUGCCUUGCCCAUAAUAAUACUGAAAGGCAUACAACUUUUUCAUUAAUUAAACCAAAAUGCAUAUUCCCACCAGGGGUUCUCAUGCACUGAAGUGGCCAGCAGCGAAGGAUCCUCUUAACUCAGCACACACAUUCAUAGUGGAACCAUUCCAUCUUUACUUUCAACAGAAUUGUGGGGAUUACAAUAAACUCAAAGUGGGCUAUUUUAAUCAGAACUUUUGCAUUUUCCAGGUGCUUCUUAAGGUAUCCUGAUUCAUAAAAGAUGUUUCUGCGUAAUGCUUAAAAAGCAGCUAAGAGAACCAUCAGCAACAGAUUUAAUGGCAAUGUUUGUACUGAGACAGAAAACAAACUCUUUCUCAACCUUUGCAGCAGAUUAUAUUCUGAAUUCUUUUUAGCAUCACAUCUAAUCUGUGAAAUGUUCUGUGACCUUACUAUGAAGGCCUUUCCACCAGCGAAGUUAUUAGGACUGUAUGUGUGUUCACACUAAUCUAUUCUCUCUCCUUUUUUUUAGGAAAACAAAAUCUGAAAUUGGUAUAAAAAAUAUCGGACCAUGCCCUAAGGUUUGUUCUGCUCUUACUAUAUAUAGAUUGACAAUGGACACCAGAAGUUUAUAAUAACUCUUCAUCAUCCCAUUUAUUGUAGCCAUAAAACUGAAGGGGGAAAAAGAGGUUAGCAAUUGUGUAAAAUGUGAACUGGUCCUCUCAGCACUGGGUCAGUUUCUGUCCUACCCCUUCCACCCUUUUGUCAGGACUCUUGCUUUGACACACACACCCCAGUUAGAAUCAUAGAGUUGGAAGAGACCACAAGGGCCAUCGGGUCCAACCCCCUGCCAAGCAGGAAACACCAUCAGAGCACUCCUGACAUAUGGUUGUCAAGCCUCUACUUAAAGACCUCCAAAGAAGGAGACUCCACCACACUCCUUGGCAGCAAAUUCCACUGUCGAACAGCUCUUACUGUCAGGAAGUUCUUCCUAAUGUUUAGGUGGAAUCUUCUUUCUUGUAGUUUGGAUCCAUUGCUCCAUGUCCGCUUCUCUGGAGCAGCAGAAAACAACCUUUUCCCCUCCUCUAUGUGACAUCAUUUUAUAUAUAGUUGAUGUCAUUUUGACGCACAUGGGCCUUCAGAUGUGUAACACCACCCUCUCACUAUGACUCUCUUCCCAGAUAUAAAGGCGUUCAGGUUGCCAGAAAGCUUUAGGAAGAAAGCGUGACAAAGGUAAGAAGAAGAAGAAGCCAAAGUCACAUGGCUGUAAUAAGGGAGAUGAGGGGUAUUACAACAACCAAACGCUGCAGAAAAACCUGUUGCAAUUUUAUGGUGACUCGCAGUCUAAGGAAGGAACCAGAUGCACGCCCAGUAUAUGCCUGUCUCUAAACCCACAGUUGCUCAAAUAAUGGGAAUGUAGAGUAAGGGAUGCGGGUGGUGCUGUGGUUUAAACCACUGAGCCUCUUGGGCUUGCCAAUCGGAAGGUCGGUGGUUCAAAUCCCUGCGACAGGGUGAGCUCCCGUUGCUCGGUCCCAGCUCCUGCCAACGUAGCAGUUCUAAAGCACGUCAAAAAGUUCAAGUAGAUAGAUAGCUACCACUGCGGCGAGAAGGUAAAUGGCAUUUUGGUGCACUGCCCUGGUUUCACCAGAAAUGGCUUAGUCAUGCUUGCCACAUGACCUGGAAAACUGUCUGCAGACAAACAUCGGCUCCCUCAGCCAGUAAAGCAAGAUGAGCACUGCAACCCCAGAGUCGUUCGCAACUGGACUUAACUGUCAGGGGUCCUUUACCUUUACCUUUAAGCCUCAGCCAAUAAUCAUUUCAGAUACUUCCAGGACCAAAUUCACAGAGUCAGUAAACCCAAGAACUCUGUUCAACAUACAAGAAUUUAGGAACUUAUGAAGGGGCUCCUUUUUCCACAUACAGAAAUGAUGACCACUUUGGAAAUAACUGUGGCAGUUCCAUGAGUCUCCCAGAGAAUAUCCCUUUCUCUGCGGUCAAUAUUAGAAAUUUCUGUGUACUGAUAACUGAAAAUUUGCCAUUUUAUUGACUUUCAGAUAUCAAAUUGAUCCACCUCAUCCAAGCCUUGCGUUUUUGGUGUGUGUUUUUAGAGCCCUAGGUUGUCAUAGUAUUAAAUAUAUGUUCCUAUUGCCCCAAAGAAUUUAGGGAUGUGGAUUACUUUUAUUUUUUACAAAUUAUUUUUAAUUAUUUUUAAAACAAAAUUUCUCUGAGAACAAUUGUGAACUGUCAAUAUACUUUGCAGGAAUAAAUUACUAUUAGAAAAUAAUGCUGUGUAAAGUUCAAAGAUCAUUGGCAUGUUUCAACCGGCAAUAUUCAGCCUCUUGAAAUUGUGAAACCUCCGCAAGCCAGUCUGCUCCACAAAGCAAGCAACAGAUAGCAUAGAUUUCAUAUCAAAGUGAUUUUCCCAGUGCUUUUUUUCUGGGGGUACACAGGGGUACCCCUAAACAUUUUGUGAAUCUUUGUACUUUUGUCCAUUUACUGUAUUUAUUUUUCCUGAUUUGAACUAUAAAAUGGUGAUUUUCUUGAGUCAAAAUGAGAGUACCCCUAAACAUUUUUUUAAAGCACUGGAUUUACCUAAGUACAUACCUAGUAUAGUUUGUUAUCCUAAUACAGUGGUACCUCAGGUUAAGUAUUUAAUUCAUUCUGGAGGUCCGUACUUAACCUGAAACUGUUCUUAACCUGAAGCACCACUUUAGCUAAUGGGGCCUCCCACUGCUGCUGCGCCGCUGGAGCACGAUUUCUGUUCUCAUCCUGAAGCACUAUUUCUGGGUUAGCGGCGUCUGUAACCUGAAGCGUAUGUAACCUGAAGUGUAUGUAACCCGAGGUACCACUGUAGUAAACUUCAUAAAGUUUUAUUUAGAGAGAUUUUGUCCUCUCAGAACCUCAGACUAAAUUCAUUCUGUUUUCCCCAGAGCAAGUGAUGGAAGAACUGGCAUUCAGAAUUAAGGAAACUGCUGCAUUCCCAAGUGUUGCAAAGCCUGCCUUCAUACUAUAUUCAAGGAGCUAUCCCAUCUCUAUAGUACAUGGGCAACAACUCUGCACUACUCUGCAUGGGGACAGGGUAACAGACCUUGAUGACCCAGUCAUCAGACGGACUCUUCCAUUUGCUUCCUUAUUGAGUUUCAUUCUUCCAACUUCCAUGGACGCUCCAGAACAUUUUCUCACCUCCACCAAUCUCAAUGAGUUUCUUCAAUAA